AUGUACAUUGGACAUUUGGAUGCCCUUGGAUUGAACGUCCAAUCCAAGCGUCCACCUUUGGAAUGGACGUCCAAUCAAUGUUCACCUUUAGAUUGGACGUUCAAUCCAACGUUUUGGACGUCCAAUAUCCAAUCAAAACAGUUGGACAUGACAACACUGCCCAUAA